AGGGUCCUCAGAGGAGUUAUCAUUGCUACUGGGAAGCCAGGACAUCAGAGAAGUACUCCAUCCCAGCACUUCUUUCUUUAGCCUUUAUUCCUUCAACCCCCUCUGAAUUCCUCUCACCUGAUUUCUCUCUCUUCUUAUUUCCUGCUUUCUACCUCAAUAUCCUGCCACCUGAUCUCUGGCUCUAUCUUCCUCCUGACAUCCUCUUCCUCCCUACAUCUCCCUCCUAUCAUCUCUAGCCUGUUCUUUCUUGGAGGGCUCUAUUCAGGCCUCCUUGAAGGAGAGAUGCUGUGGGAGGUGAGAUCCCUAACCCAAUUGCUGCUACUGCUGCUGGUUGCUAGAGCAGGGACUCAAAUGCCCAGCAAAGAAGUCCAGGUGGUGUGGGCCAAAGAGGGUUUCCCUGUUCAACUCCCCUGCAUCCUCUCAAGCAUCCAACAAAACUUCUCUAGGGGGCAUAGUUUUAUUUGGAAGGUGACUGUCACCUGGCAGCAUUGGCAGGACAGGACCCCCCAGGCCAGAUGGUACACAGUGUUCAGGGUGGGGCCAGGUGGUUUGCGGAGUGUUCAGCUCUCCCUAAAAUCCAGGCUGCAACUGGGAAGGCUCGGCCUCCACCAGGGAGACUUCUCACUAUGGCUCCAUCCAGCUCGGCUCACAGAUGCUGGGGAGUACAGAGCCCGGGUCCAAUUUGAGAAUGAUGAUUUGAGAUGUCACCUUUGCCUUCGCUUUGGCCAAGCCUCUGUGACUGCCAGCCCUCCGGGACCCAUUGUGAUCUCAGGUCUGGUCCUUCUGAACUGUUCUUUCAACCGUCCUGACCUCCCAGAAGCUGUCCUCUGGUCUCGAGGUCGGGUACCCAUAACCCCAUCUUCCCAGCAUUUCCCACUUGGGAGCCUGCUCUUCUUGCCUCAUGUCACUCUCUCAGAUGCUGGGCCUUGGAACUGCUGCGUUGUCUAUCCAGAUGGAUUCAGCGUCUCCAUUACUCACCACCUCAAAGUCCUGGGUCUGGAGCCCCUAACCCCGAAGACAGUGUAUGUGGGAGAAGGAUCAAAGGUGGAGCUUCCCUGCCAUCUCAGCCCUGCUCUAGGAACUAUGCCAGGGCUAAUUGCCCAGUGGACCUUACCUUGGGGCAGAGGCAGCUGCCUUGUGUCGGGAGAUGACAAAAGCAGCUUUGCCCUGAGGCUAGACCAUGUGAGCAGAGCCCAAGCAGGCACCUACAACUGCAGCCUCAGUUUUCAAGGGCAUCAGCUCAAUGCCGUGGUCACCUUAGCCGUCAUUACAGUGACUGCUAAGUCCUUUGGAUCCUCAAGUUCCAGAAAAGGGCUGCUUUGUGAAGUGACCCCAAUGUUCGGGCAAGAGCACCUCCAGUGGAUCUCCUUGGACAACCAGACUCUGGAAAAUCCACCAGGUCCCUGGUUGGAGCUGGGAGAUGAAGAGCUACAGGUUGACCGGUGGCAAUGCCAAGUAUAUCAAGGGGCACAACAAUAUGGAGCUGUAGUUUACAACCUGGGGCUUCAGGGCACAGGUGCCCAACUAUCUGAGAGGAACCCAAAAGCCACGAAAGGAGGAAAAGAGCUCCCUGUUAUCCUCAGCCUUGGCAUUUUAUUUCUCCUCCUCUUUGGGGUAGGAGCUGCUGUGUUUCGCUUCCGACAAGGCCAGUUUCUCAGGAGUUUUUCUGCCCUGGAAGAUGCAGCUCAAAACCCCCAAAGACAAAGCAAAGCUGAGGAAAUGGAGCCAGAAUGCCCGUGCCAGAGUUAGAACCUGGAACAUUGGCAGGAGUGGUCCUAACAUAAAGAUGGGGCAGUCCUCUGAGAAGCAAUUUCUUCCUGCCUGGAGUCUUGCCUUCUGCACCAAAUAAACCUCUUCCUCAGCAGGAUGGCCUUUGUUCCUCCAUAACCUAUCCUGCCCCUAUCUUUUUACUGCCUUAGAAGAUCUUCAUUACCUACUUCUUCCAAGGCCCACCUGGAUUCUCAUCAGUUUAAUUGAAUUUCUAUAGGACUUGUAAAAUUUUACAAAGCACUUUCAACUACAACUCUGUGAGGUGGAUGGUACAAAUAUGAUUCAAUCUCCAUUUUACAGAGGAGGCUCAGAAAAAUUAAGUGAUUUUUACCUUUGGUUUUCCUCUCUCCAUUUUUUCUUUUUCUGUCUCUGUCUUUUUUUGGCAUAUCUGCCACAGUCUCUUCUUCUAAUCUUGGCUUAGCCAUUUUUUCUGAGGUUUCAAAUAAGUCCCUCUUCAACCUUAUUCCUAAAUCCAUACUUCCUUAAUUUAAAACAUGUUAGAAUACACAUUUUCUAUUUUUUAAAAUAAUGAACUUGACAAACAUAAAAAUAAACAUGUCAUCAUACA